ACAUCACUCACUCCUCUCCUCCCUACCUGAACUACUCACUCCAGGAUGGGGCACAGAGAUGUCGCAGAGACCAGAAGACGACUAAAACACAUCCAAAUAGACAACAGCCUUGCCUACCGGUGUCAUUUUUCUCUCUGCAUACACAGCCUGCGGGUUUUGCCUACUGCAAACGGACAAGAGAAGACUCCAAGGGACCUGAACAAGUCAGCAACUAUGUGAAAGCCACAACCUUUUAUGGAUUUAACUCCGGAUUCUGUAGGAUUCAAGCUGUUUCGGGCGUUUCCAAAGUGUCCCACCGCUGGGACCGAAUACGAACUCAAGCCACUCAAGUGUUUAAAAUCGGUCAGCAAGAGUAAAGUUGUACUUCACUGAGCAACAUCUAAAUUAUCUGGACUGUAUAUGUGUACCUCUGCGAGUAACUCUGCAUACGGUCAUGGGGAACGCAGCUGGAAGUCUGGAGAUGUCCCCUGGACGGGACGUCAAACGGCCCCUCAGCACCUACGGGCAGAAACAGCCACCGGCCCCUAAACUGCCUCUUCCACCUGAGGACGAAUUAGAAGAGAGGUUCAGCAUGGUGUUGAAUUCCAUGAAUCUUCCACCCGAUAAAGUGAAGCUGCUCUGUCAGUACGACAACGAGAAGAAAUGGGAGCUAGUUUGUGACCAGGAGCGGUUCCAGGUGAAGAAUCCUCCAUCAGCGUACAUUCAGAAACUUAAGAGUGUAUUAGAGCAGGGAGGAGGCAGAAAGUUUAAACGGCGAGUUCAAGAAUCCACGCAAGUUCUGAGAGAGUUGGAGAUCUCUUUGCGCACCAAUCACAUCGGGUGGGCUGAGGAGUUUCUAAAUGAAGAAAACAAGGGUUUAGAUGUGCUGGUGGAAUACCUCUCUUUUGCUCAACGUGCGGUCACAUUUGACAUGGACAGCCCCGAUAAUGGAAGCUUUGAGGAGAAAUCUGUGGAAGAUCUGACCACCAGCGCAACAAACUCCCCUACCCACAAUUCCCCACGCUCAGGACGGCCCUUCACCACAAGGAGAGCUCUGCGAUAUUCGCGUCUGCUCAGUCAGAAGAACCACCUGCACCUCUGCAUCAUGUGUCUCCGUGCCAUCAUGAACUACCAGUUAGGGUUUAAUCAGGUGAUGGCUCAUCCCAGCUGUGUCAAUGAAAUCACCCUGAGUCUCAACAACAAGAACGCCAGGACUAAAGCUCUUGUUCUGGAGCUCCUUGCUGCCGUGUGUUUGGUUCGAGGAGGUCACGAAAUGAUCAUUGCAGCCUUUAACAAUUUCAAAGAGGUGUGUGGAGAGAAAAACAGAUUCGAGAAACUCAUGGAGUAUUUCAGAAACGAUGACAACAACAUUGAUUUCAUGGUGGCUUGUAUGCAGUUUAUCAACAUUGUAGUGCAUUCAGUGGAGAACAUGAACUUCCGGGUGUAUUUACAGCAUGAGUUCACACAGCUAGGACUAGAUGGCUAUCUGGAGAAGUUAACUCUCUCUGAGAGUGAAAGGCUGCAGGUUCAGAUUCAAGCGUAUCUGGAUAAUGUGUUUGAUGUUGGAGCGCUGCUGGAGGACGCCGAGGCCAAAAACACAAUAAUGGAGCAUCUAGAGGAUCUACAAGAACAAAACACACAGUUAAACACUAGACUGCAGCAGUGUGAGAGCGAAGCUGUGGAGAAGACAUCUGAACUCCAGAAACAACUCGUACAGAGCAGGAAAGAGGUGGAACUUCUGAAGGACGGUGUGAAGGAGACACAGGCUCAGCUCUCUCAGCUGAAGCAGAAGGAGAGAGAGAGAGAGACGCAGAGUGAGAAAGAGCAGGAGCGAGAGAGAGACAGACAGCGCUCCGCUAAAGCUCUGACCGAGCUGGAGAAGACGGUCCAGGUUCUGGUGGAUCGAGGUCUGAUCCGCAUGGACAGAUCCCAGUCCGGCUCUCUGGAGUUACACGUUAUACCAGCCACUAACACGACAGGCUCCGCCCCCUCCUCCUGCCCCCGCCCUCCACCACCUCCUCCUCCGCCCCUUAUGAGUGUAGCUCCGCCCCCUUCACCUGUGCCUGGAAGGACAGCAACAGUAAAGACAGGUGUAAAAGGUAAGAAGCCCAUCAAGACCAAGUAUCGCAUGCCCCUGCUGAACUGGCAGGCUCUGAUGGAGGAGCAGGUGGCCGGCACCGUCUUCACAGAGCUGGACGAUGAAAGUGUGCUUGGGGAGCUGAACAUGGACGUCUUUGAGGAGCUGUUUAAAACUAAAGCUCAGUCCGCUCCUGUCGACGUCGGCACUCUGAAGGUGAAGGUGGCUCAUAAAGCAUCCAGUAAAAUCACACUGCUGGAGCCCAACAAGGCCAAAAACCUGGCCAUCACGCUGCGCAAAGGAGGCAUGAGCACGGCGCAGAUCUGCACCGCCAUCCAAUCGUAUAAUCUCGAUUUGCUAAACUCAGACUUUCUGGAGCUGCUGGAGCGCUUCAUCCCGUCUGAUUACGAGCUGAGGUUGUUUGAGAAAUACGAGCGUGAAGGACGCCCCCUGCUGGAGCUGUCGGAAGAGGACCGAUUCAUGGUGGCCUUCAGCAAGAUCCCGCGUCUGUCGCAGAGAAUCGGCACGCUGACCUUCAUGGGCAACUUCAGCGAGAGCAUGCUGCUGCUAAAGCCUCAAUUAAACGCCAUCAUCGCCGCAUCCAUGUCAAUCAAAUCCUCCAGCAAACUCAAGAAGAUUCUAGAGAUCAUUCUUGCGUUUGGGAAUUACAUGAACAGUGGGAAGAGAGGAUCGGCGUAUGGGUUUCGACUGCAAAGUCUGGACCUGCUUCUAGACAUGAAGUCCACAGAUCGAAAACUGACGCUGCUGCAUUUCAUCGUCAACAUAAUACAAGAAAAAUAUCCUCAGCUGCACAACUUUCAUACAGAACUGCACUGCCUGGAUAAAGCUGCACUGGUCUCUCUGGACAGCAUCCUCACAGAUGUUCGGUCUCUGGAGAAGGGAAUGGAGGUGGUCCGUAGGGAAUAUCUCCAGCAGAAAGACAGCGCUGUCCUCGCCAACUUCACGUCCAGUAACGGCAGUCUGCUGGACUCUGUGCUCAAAGACAGCAAAACCGCCGAGGAGGUGUACCGCUCAGCCGUGGAGUAUUUCGGAGAGGAUCCCAAAUCCACACCUCCCUCUGUGUUCUUCCCUGUUUUUGCCAGGUUUAUUAAAGCAUAUAAGCUGGCCGAACAGGAGAACACACAGCGUAAGAAGAACACCCCCGAGACCGAUUUGGGCCCAGACUUGCACAUCUCUGACUCUCCGCCGAACACUGCGGUGACUAACAGGAUGCCUCAGGUGGACCUGAUCGCUGAGCUGAAGCGCAGACAGAUGGCGCCGCUCGUGAGAGAGGGCAAAGACGGAGCCAUCGAGGACAUCAUCACAGAUCUGAGGAACCAGCCGUACAUCAGAGCGGACGGAGGAAGACGAAGCGCCAAAUGGAAACCAGCUCAGCAGCUUCCCGUGUCGUCCGACAUCUCUCUGUGAAACACACACCACACCUGAAGCCAAAAACAGUUUACAAGAAAUAUCUAAACAGCGACGUUAAGCUAUUUGCAUCUGAAUGAUUAAAAACUCAACUGUUUACGCACAGUUUAGCAAACAGCUUGACGGUCAAUCUCAAGAAACCUUUUAAGAAUUUUUUUCUCUAAAAUUUAAAUAAUGAUAUUAAGAAAAUAUUAAAAUGAGGAAAUAUUUUGAAUUUGCUUUCGAACCCUUCAAUUAAAAUUGAAAGACAAUUCAUUUUGGCACGUGCUCGUGUAUUUCAUUUCACCAAAAAAUAUGAACGUUAAAUUUACGUAGUUGGAAAUGGCUCGUGCAUUUUCAUAUUUUAAAAAGAAAAUCCCAAAUUUUAAGAAUCUGGACAUGUUUGUAUAUUUAAGAUAUUGCUCCAAAAUGAAUAAAAAGCAAGGAAUUAAAAUGCAUGCUUUUAUAUUUGAUGCUCUGCACCAGCACUAAAGGGGGAAAAAAGAAAUAGAAAAAGUCAUCCUGAACUUUAAAAAGAAAUUUGAAUUUGAAUGUGCUUGCAUGUUUAAUAUUUUGCCCCAAAAUUAAUUAUAUAUAUAUAAAAAAAAAAAAAAAAAAAGAAGAUUUUAAACGUGUAUGCAUAUUUAAUAUUUUGCUCCAAAAAAAAAAAAAAAAAAAAAAAAAGAAAAUUUGACUUGGAAAGAAUAAAAUAAAACCAUCAGCACUAAUGAAAAAAUUAGCAGUAAUUCCUAAUCAUUUUUCUUAUAAUGUUUGGGUGAAAUAAGGCAUAUUCCUGACAGGUUUCAUGAGAUUGAUCUCCAUUCUGACACUUUAUUAAUCUUUACCCGUAUUUUUGAAAAGCUUGCUGCAAACGCUAGCUUUGUCCAGCGUCUGCGUAUUUAUUUUUUUUUCUUCACAUGAAUGUUUUUGUUUUUUCUUUCUGCAUACGACCAAAUAAAGAUUUUAUACAAUGACCAAAAAAAAAAAGCACAUCAUCUCCGCGGCGGCAAUAAGCGCACGAGACCGUAGUAGAAGAUAUUCACUUUAAUAGUCACAAAAACGGCACAAGAACAUUCAGAACCCACAGUCUCUUGUACAUACACAACCAGACGAGGUUUGUUUUCAACAUUAAAACAACUUUUGCAUUAUAACAUUUCCAUAUAGAUAUAUUUCUAUUGGUCAACAUUGCAUUCACACCGUUAUUGUUUUAUCACAAGAAGUCGUCGAUAGGUUUAUAUACAUUCUACAUUGUUGCAUUGAUGAAAAAUGUCGUUUUUUUUUUUUUUCGGACAACGGUUUA